AUGAUGCACAGGUGCUGUAGCUCUCAAGGAAACAUCAUGGGACCGUGUUCGUGUGCCUUGUUUCAUAGCCAAAACAACUCCUCGAUGCUUUUUUCCAUGCCUAACCACAAGUCUUAUGACGAAACGGAUGUGUACAACUCUUUCACGUCCUAUUCGUCUUCUUCGGUUGAUUGCACUCUCUCCUUGGGAACCCCUUCCACUCGUCUCUGUGAAGAUGAUGAUAGGCGUUCCGGUAAUUCUUGCAUGUCCAACUGCUGGGACUUGUUGCAAAACAAGAACGCACAUGGUUAUUCGCAGCAAACCACGAAAGCUAGCCGUGGAAGCAAUGGGGACGGCGGUAGCAGCUCCGGCAAUGAUUCUCUCCUUGCUCGUCGUUGUGCUAACUGCGACACAACUUCUACACCGCUUUGGAGGAAUGGUCCCAGAGGUCCAAAGUCACUUUGCAAUGCCUGUGGAAUUCGAUUCAAAAAGGAAGAAAGGAGAGCAUCAGCAGCAAAUGCAAACGCUUCAAUCGCGGAACAGCAAUAUCACGGCUACAACAACAACAAUUCAUGGUCUUCAAUGCAAUAUUUCUCAUCGCCCGUCAAUGAAAUCAAGUUCAUCGAAGAUGGCGAUCCCUAUCUUUCUUGGAGACUCAAUGUCACCGAUAUGCCAACAAACCUCGUUCAUGACUUCACAAGAUGAAAAAAAAAAAGAAAUCCCCCACGCCAUUGACGGUCAAGAUCAUGCAGCAAUGGCUGAAACUUAUUGCGAUGAUGAUGUUGAUGGAGAUUUUGUUUUACGACGUCGUUGAUAGUGAUAUGGUCUUCGUUUCGUCUAGUCAAAAUUCCCUCUUUUUUCUCUUUUGUUUAGUUUGUUUGCCUCGUUUUUCUUCCAUAGAUGGAGUAAGAACGGGACAAUUCUAUGUUCUUAGGUACUUUUUUUGAAGUUUUCUUUAACUUUAAUUUCUUCCACUUUCAGUUUUAUAUAAAAACCUUUCUGUUUGAAGAGAC